GCUCCUUGGAGAGUUUUAAGAUAAAAAAUAAAUACAAAGCAGACUGACAGAGUCAUGUGAACUGAAGCUGGAUGUUGAGCAAGGGCCCUUGAUGCUAAGAGUGGAUUUAUUUUAUAGCAGGUCCUUGAACUGUUAUAAUGUUGAUUAGAUGCCAGAGGAGCUUAACUCCUAUUGUGUCAGUUAGCCAGUGGUGAAACUGGUUUCCUUACAAUUGUUUCUCUUAAAGCUUCAGAACCUGUCCAUGAUGUUAAGUGAGGACUGUACGUGCAGGGAAACCAUUAACAGUUUAAGCAGAGGGUGGUGGGGUCUAGUCUGUGUUCUGGAGAGAUCACUGAGUUGCAUACUGCAUCGCCUCAACAGUUGAGCUAUUUCUUACCUCCCUGUUUACUUCUGUUCCCUGUGGAGACAGCACUGACCUGCAGUGGUCGGUUUGCAGAGGCAUGGACGCCUUGGAAGUGCCCAGGGCCCAGGGUCACAGGGUUCAAGCAGGAGUGAGGGAUAGGCAGCUGGACAGUUACCCUGUGGGCAUUGGGCUCCAGGGCUGUCUAUUUUCUUAUUUUUAAGAGAAAUUAGAAAUCUGCAUGUUUAUAAGAAAUCCAUGUAUUGAGUGAUGGCAAAAUCUAAUCACGUGAGACAGUCCUAGUAGAUAGGAGCCUGGGGUAGACUACCAGAGUGACACUAAAUAUCCGUGACUUGAAGAUGUCUUCUGUGGAUGCCCUAGUCAGAUGUACUGUUUUAUUUCCUUACUUUCAGCUCUUAUGGAUGAGAGUGGACCCUCCCUCUUGCUUGCCCUUCUCCCAUGCUCCCCUCAGGUGGGUGGGCCCUGCUGGGUUCCUUGCAGGCUCUGCUCUGCCUACAGGUGGAGGGGCACAUCACCCGCAUCCGGGAGGAGCUGGACCGAGAGCGGGAAGAGCGCAACUACUUCCAGCUGGAGCGGGACAAGAUCCACACCUUCUGGGAGAUCACUCGGAGGCAGCUGGAGGAGAAGAAGGCUGAGCUGCGGAACAAAGACCGGGAGAUGGAGGAAGCCGAGGAGAGGCACCAGGUGGAGAUCAAGGUCUACAAGCAGAAGGUGAAGCACCUCCUGUACGAGCACCAGAACAACCUGACGGAGAUGAAGGCUGAAGGCACUGUGGCCAUGAAGCUGGCCCAGAAGGAGCACCGCACACAGGAGGGCACGCUGCGCAAGGACAUGCGGGCACUGAAGGUGGAGCUCAAGGAGCAGGAGCUGGCGAAUGAGGUGGUGGUGAAGAACCUGCGGCUGAAACACACUGAGGAGAUUACCAAGAUGCGGAACGACUUUGAGAGGCAAGUGCGAGAAAUUGAGGCCAAGUAUGAUAAAAAGAUGAAGAUGCUUAGGGAUGAGCUUGACCUGAGGAGAAAGACCGAGAUCCAUGAAGUGGAGGAGAGGAAGAACGGCCAGAUCGGCACACUGAUGCAGCGGCACGAGGAGGCCUUCGCGGACAUGAAGAACUACUACAACGACAUCACCCUCAACAACCUGGCCCUCAUCAACUCCCUUAAGGAGCAGAUGGAGGACAUGCGGAGGAAGGAGGAGCACCUGGAGAAGGAGAUGCUGGAGGUGUCCGCCCAGAACCGGCGCCUGGCGGACCCGCUGCAGAAGGCUCGGGAGGAGAUGAGCGAGAUGCAGAAGAGGCUGGGCGACCAUGAGAGGGACAAGCAGAUCCUGGUUUGCACAAAGGCACGUCUGAAAGUCACUGAGAAAGAGCUCAAGAGCCUACAGUGGGAACAUGAGGUGCUGGAGCAGCGGUUUGUCCAGGUGCAGCGGGAGCGGGAUGAGCUCUACGGAAAGUUCACUUCGGCCAUCCUGGAGGUGCAGCAGAAGACGGGCUUCAAGAACCUGAUCCUGGAGCGCAAGCUGCAGGCCCUUGGUGCUGCCGUGGAGAAGAAGGAGCUACAGCUCAACGAGGUGCUGGCUGCCUCCAACUUGGACCCCGCGGCCCUGACCUUGGUGUCCCGCAAGCUGGAGGAUGUUCUGGAGUCAAAGAACAGUGCCAUCAAGGACCUGCAGUACGAGCUGGCCCGAGUCUGCAAGGCCCACAACGACCUGCUGCGCACCUACGAGGCAAAGCUCCUGGCCUUUGGGAUCCCCCUGGACAAUGUGGGCUUCAAGCCCCUAGAAACAGCUGUGAUGGGGCAGACCCUCGGCCAGGGGCCCGCUGGACUUGUAAGCACCCCAACGUAGCCCCCACCCAGGACUUCUCCCUGCAUGACACCCCCUUUUACACACCACGGACAGCAGGUGUGUUUUGGAUUUGUUGGGUCAGCAAUGAAGGCUUUCAUGUUUGCUGUGUGUCCUGUUGCACGACUGGCAGAAGCAGCUCCAGGGCCAUGGGUGGGUGUUUGCUUCCCUCCCAGCAGCCCGUCCACCCUCCCACUCCCACCUUAGGCUGGGCAGCACCAGUGACCAUAGCAGCCUGCAGGUGCCACACCGACUUUAUUGAUGCCUGAGUCACAGCUGCCACUGGGGAAUUGGGGGCCAAAACCUCCCCCAGGAAAUCGGAGCACAGAGCCCACUGUGGAGGGUUGGGAGUGGCUCAGGCCAUGGUGAUAGCAUUGGUGCUCGCUGGCCAGCUGGUGGUCAGCUUCCUCUGUAGGUGGUGUAGGACCAUGGGCUCAGCAGCAGGGGGAUGUGGAACUUGUGAGUCUCAUUUGUGAUGGUGAAAACAACCUGAGAACAGAAGGUACCAAGAGGGAGUGAGGGCCUAGCCCCAGUGUUCCCAGGGAGAUCCCAGAAGCCCAGACUGUGGGCCGGGGGCUGGUUCCUGGGGAGCCCCAGGCCAGCCAGAGCCCAGUGGAGGGCUGGAAACCUGGUGAGAGCUGUGGACAAGGCUGAAUCUUUUCCAGAGAAAGUGCUUGGCUUGAGGGCCCCUGGGCCUGCCAGGCUUCCCAAGGGAUCCACCCUGAACAGGGCCAGGUGAAGGGGAAGGCAGCAAGGUUAGGCCCAGUGAGUUGGAUAGGGCUUGGUCAACACUUGUGUCCACAGGGGCUGAGUCACCCUCCACCCUGCCCCACACAGCCUGACCUAGGGGCAGGGCAGGGACACCUUUCUCCUGGGAGUUCAAGGCCUGCCAGCAAGCGCCCUGGGAGAGGGGGAUGGGCACUGCCUGCUAUAGGGCCUUGGGGUAAUGGUGAAUCACAGGCCUCUACCCUCCCUGUCAGCCCAUGGAUCUCACCUCCACAUAUGGGUAGAAGCUGUCCUGCCCCCUUUUCUUCCAGUAGCCCUCAGUGUCGAAGGUCAGCUUGUAGGUGCCCGCCUUCAUCUGGCCUGGCAGCAGGAGCCCAGGGCAGCGGCCAUCCGGGUUGGUGUAGCUGGUGGGGGAGGGGAUGAGGUGCACUCCUGCCUGGCUCUCUGGGUCUCCACAGCCUCAGAUGCCCCUGCAGCCUGACUUGGGACAAACUCUAGGACCUGGGGUUCUGGAAGCUGUUGUACAGUACAGAGAAGCAGGAAGGGGGGAAACCUCCCACAAUCUACCCCAUGAGCAAUAAUCACUAUAUUUGACUUAUAUUUUUCCAGAUUUUCUCUAUUCAUACGUAUGCUUAUUGGUAAACUUACAGAAACAUAAAAUGGAUUACACUAUUCAUAUUCUUUUAUAACCUGGACUUUUCAUUUAAUAUAUUGUGCGUGGCUUUCUGGGUCAGUCCCUGUUCCAGAUGCACCAAGCACCCCAAUGCAGUUGUGCUCAGACCACCAAUCCCACCAGCUGUGCUUGCAAGUGUGUUUGCACUGUGGUCACAGAGAGCAUCAGUCACAUACCAGCACUUUUAGGGGUUGGAAAUGGGUUCAUGUGGCCCCCCCCAAGGGACUACAUGUGUUCUUCUAAAACCACAGCUGACCUUCAGAUGGGACCUGGACCCCCAGCCUUUGUGAGGGGCUGAACAGGGAGGGGACGAGUUCCAUCCUCAGGCCUUGAACCUUUGGGGCGCAGCUCCCCGCUGCCACCUCCAGAAGAGCCUGCCUCCCUCAAGAUGCAGCAUCUACCCAAGCACUACAAUGCCAGCAUGGGCUGGCCGCCCCUACACCCCCAGCAGAGCUAAGCAUGGGGUAGGAGCGAGGCUUCCCAAGGGAUCCACCCUGUGGUGUGGUGUGGAUUGUACCUUGCCUCUUGGCUGCCUCAGUAUUCCAGUCUAUAAAAGGGGUCAUUAAGGUGUAGUAAGAAUAAAAGAACAGAAAUAAA